AAAUUACUCUUCAAUCUUCAUCGUCAUCGCGUUGAUUGAAGUUUGCAACUUUGUAUUGUUUAUUGAAAGCUUUUACGUUUUAUUAGCAAUAAUUAGCUAAAUUUAACCGAAAGUUAUUAGCAACUUAAUUCUUCACAUAAUGGGUGUUCAAGUAGAAACAAUUUCUCCUGGUGACGGUUCUACGUAUCCAAAACAAGGACAAACUGUUGUUGUACAUUACACAGGAACUUUGACCGAUGGAAAGAAAUUCGAUUCCUCGAGGGACCGCGGCUCUCCCUUCAAAUUCAAAUUGGGCAAAGGAGAAGUAAUCAGAGGUUGGGACGAAGGAGUAGCCCAGUUAUCCGUGGGACAACGCGCGAAAUUGAUCUGUUCGCCUGAUUAUGCUUAUGGAUCACGUGGACAUCCAGGAGUUAUUCCGCCGAAUGCUACUUUAAUUUUCGACGUGGAACUGUUGAGGGUCGAGUCGUAAACCUGGCCAUUAUUUUGCUCAUUCUUAACGACGAUCUUCCACAACAUUACUUACGCUACUUAAAUUAAUUUUUUCGUGGUUUAAAUUACUUAGUAGUGAUCAUCUUUAUAGCGUCUGGUAUGUCAGUUCAAAAUCAGUUUAAUCUACUUAAGUAAUAUUGUAUGUUUUUUUUUUUUUUUAAUAUAAAUAAUGUUCGCAUUUAUUUUAAAAAAUUAGGCAAUUAUUCACAAAUUUGAUAUUCAUAUUCUUUUUAUAUCGAUGUUAAUUAUGCUUAUUGUUCGUUUUGCAAUUUUUUUUUCAAAGGUUUAAGGUAUUGAUAGGUAAUUAACAAACACACGAUGUACGUGAUAAGUUAAAAAUGAUAUAAAGGUACUUUGAUACGAAAAAUUCAAGAAACUCUAGUUUCCGUAACUUUUUUCGUGGUGAGCAUAAAAAUUACAUAGAAUCGAUUACGAAUAGCAAUUGCAUUAUUAGCAUAGGUAGCUGGUUUACUAUACAUAUUUUAAGAUUUGAUUUGAAUUGAUAAUGCAUUUUUUCGUAUUGUACUACCUCAAAUCAUAAAAUAUAUUUUUUGAUCCUCGA